UUGACAGCUAGCUAGCGCAGCGCACUUCACAACAGCCAGCUGAUACCAAUCAGCUACUCACAGUGGACAGCGUCUCGGUUUUGUUCUCGGCAAUACAUUUACCGUCAUACAUGAACUUACAUCAUAUGGAAGAGAUAUCAGUAACAUUAUUUCAUACAAGUAUGGCGGUUACACUUCAAUGCUCUGACAGCUCUUCGUCUGUGUAGUUAGCGAGCUAGCUAGCUGGGUAAAGUUGAUAGCACUAAAUAUCAUCAACGCUAGCUAGCUAAGUUACAGCGGAUUCUUACAAGCUGGCAUCAAAACAAACUCAUCGUCAGCCAUGGGAAUACUAUUUACAAAGCUAUGGAGGCUUUUUAAUCACCAAGAGCACAAAGUUAUUAUUGUUGGCCUGGACAAUGCCGGCAAGACCACAAUUCUGUACCAGUUUUCUAUGAACGAGGUGGUGCACACCUCUCCUACGAUUGGGAGCAACGUGGAGGAGAUUGUGGUCAACAACACCCACUUCCUGAUGUGGGACAUUGGAGGCCAGGAGUCCCUUAGGUCUUCGUGGAAUACAUACUACACAAACACAGAGUUUGUAAUCGUGGUGGUCGACAGCACAGACAGAGAAAGGAUUUCAGUGACCAAAGAGGAACUCUACAGAAUGCUAGCACAUGAAGAUUUGAGAAAGGCAGGGCUGUUGAUCUUUGCCAACAAGCAGGAUGUGAAAGGCUGCAUGUCUGUGGCCGAGAUCUCCCAGAGCCUCCAGCUUACCUCUGUCAAAGACCACCAGUGGCACAUCCAGGCCUGCUGUGCGCUCACUGGAGAGGGGUUGUGCCAGGGUCUUGAGUGGAUGAUGUCACGGCUGCGCGUGAGAUGAUGACCUUUGACUCUGAUCAGGAGUGCGCCCUUGCUCUCUUGUUUUCUCUGCCUCCAGACAUGAGCUUGAAAUGAGGAUGGGGACGAGGCCCUGUCCUCUUUCCUGUGAAGCUGACAUGGGCAGACCGCUGCCAGGACAUUACAUUCUUCUGUGAUAAUUUAUUUUACAAAAGACAUCUGAACUCUGAACAAAAAAACAUGACCUUUUCAGAAGGACAUUGGACAAACAAAAGACUCAAAUUAUUUAAAUUGAAAUUUCUGCACGGUUUUCCUUUCAGAAAAACACAGAGGUCAGAAAAGUGUCUGACUUGGAACUGUACAUGGACCUAUUCUUCAGCUGUGUUUGAGUCUAGCCCAUGGUGGCCUUGCAGUAUUGCCGGACUGGCUGUGGCAGUUUUUAUUGCCCCCCUGUGUGUACAGUCCAGUAUUCUCUUUUAAUGUGGUGCCUGCAGCAGAAUGUUCAAGCAAUGAUGGUUGAUGGUGACUGAAACAUGCAGAAGGGAGGGUAAAAUCACAAAACACCCACCUCCUUUUCAGUCCCUAUGAAUAAUCAGUAAAAUAAAGUGUUUUUAUCUGUUUCAGGCGAAUUGCAUCGUGUCAUGAAUGAGUAUUCCUUUCAGGUGACUCCCAAGACUGUUCUUUUCUUCUGUAUGAUUUUUUUUUUUCUCUCGGGAUAAUUGUGAACUGUAUUGAGUUUCAUCUUUGUAACUUCAAGUUAUUCUUUUUUUUUAGUGCUUUAGGGGGCAGAAUGUGUCACAUGAGCUCAUGGUCCCUCAUGCUUUUCAGUGAGCAUGAUGAGCAGCUACAGGAGUAGAGAGGAGAGAGCCAGAGAGUAAGACAGCAGAGGGAUUCAGGGAGAGAGAAGAAGAGACCAGCUCUAAACUGUGAGCAGCACACAGUCAGUGGUUAAGAGAAGAAGAAAACAGCACAAUAGUAAGGACUGCAUACUAGGGCUGUCAUGUUUUUCAAGAAAAUCAAGUUCAAAUGAGAACAAACACAAACCAAAGCCAAACUAUGUUGUUAGAAUUGGAAUUUCCACUCAUUUGUGGCUAACGCCUUGGAUCUGUCAACGUGGUACAAUGUCAUUGGUAUAAGGAAGUUGUUUGUUACAACGUCAGCAAACAGCCCUGCCAUUAUCCUUAAUUUUUAUCAUGUAUCAUCUGUAAAACCACAAUUAUACAUUGGCACAUCUCACAUGCUGUGGUCUUGUGAUUAACCUUUCAUCAGAGCUUGAUACGUUCCUCUUUUUUACUUUUUACUGUGUGUAAGAACUGACUCAUGAACAGCUUUAAACAUAAUCCUACGUAUGUUUCAUUUUAAUGUAACUACCAGUCGUAAUAUUGGCCAUUUUUUUUAAACAGCUUGAUCAGUUUCACUGUGUAUUAAAGCAUAAAUCAAUAUGUUCUACAUUAACAUCAGAUCAAAUGACUGUGUGUAAUGCUAAAAGCACUUGAAUUAACGAGCCCACAGAGAUGUGGUUCAGUCUUAAAUUGACUAAUUGCCUAAAGACUGACCAAUGGAACUUAUUGGUAAAAGUGGAGAUAUAAAUGAAUGAACACCAACACUUGAUAUUUUAGUAAAGUCCUACUGUGUGAAGAUGUUCUUGCAGGACAACUGAGCAAACUCCAUCUGCUAAUGAGAAAAAGCCCACAAGAUGUGUCUGA